UCAAACCAGAGGACUGACUCCGUGCUCCUGACCUGCACCUGCAAACAUUUGUCUCAUAUUUGCUGUGACCUGUACCUGACAUGGAGCAGAUCAACAAUCAUCUUUUCAAGUAUAAAAAUUACAACUUUAUUAAGGACUUAACAACUGCAAAGGCCAUAGAUUUACUCCAGAGCUUUGAAGUACGAGACAGUGACAUAUACCUUGUCACUUACCUAAAAUCAGGCACAAUAUGGGCUCAGCAGAUCAUCAUUUCUAUCUGCGAGUUAGAUGGAGGGCCGACAGAAUAUUUAAACAACUCGGAGCAGAUGCCGUGGUUGGAGUAUAAGAUCCACGACGCAGACUAUUCUUUACGCGUUUCUCCAAGGCUCUUUGCUUCUCAUCUGACACCAGUGCUCAUGCCUCCAGGUGUAAAAGACCAGAAAGCAAAGGUCAUCUAUGUGAUGCGUAAUCCUAAGGACAACAUCAUCUCCUACUACCACUUCAGCUGUGGAAACUCAAACAUGAAGACUCCUGAGAGCUUUGAUGGGUUUUUGGAGGAUUAUUUGAAUGGCAACGUUCCAGGAUCAUCCUGGUUUGACCACAUCAGAGAAUGGCAUUUAAACAAAGACCAGUACAACAUCCUCUUCUUGACCUAUGAGGACAUGAUUCUGGACCUUAAGGCAGCUGUAACUAAGAUCUGCAGCUUCUUAGGGAAGAACCUCAGUGAAGAAGCCAUUAAACAAGUGGUCGAAAAAUCCACCUUCAAGACCAUGAAGAAAGAUCCAAAAGCCAACUACGAGUUUAUACCAAAAGAAAUAUUCUCUGGAACCUUUAUGCGUAAAGGUCAGAUCGGUGACUGGAAGAACAGCUUCACUGUUGCUCAAAGUGAGAGAGUCGACAAAAUGCUGCAGGAGAAACUCGGCGACCUGUCUCUAAAGUUCAUCUGGGAAUAAAAAUUUAUAGAUAUUUUAGCUGAGUGAAUGAGCUGCUGAUAUCUUCAGCAUGCAGUCAGUCAUCUGUCUAGUUCAGACAUUACAUUACAACAGUGCUUUAUUCAACAUGUGAAAAAAAGACUGCAUUAAAAAAUUGUUUGUGUGAAUUAUAAUAUAAUUAACUACUCACAUGCUAGUCUCCAAACAAAUGGGCUUAGAGAUAAAAAGACAUAAUUACCUAGAUGAGCUCAAACAAAGAAUGGAUCAUCUUAGCCUGAGACAAAGUCUGAGACGUUUUUCCAUUGGUUACGUGUUUACAGACAAUUUAUAAUUGAUUACUUAUUCCUAUAGGAUAUAGACAAAAUAUUAACCCUAGCCUGUUAGUACUGUAGGUUUUACUAAAAAUUCUACUCACUCAGGGGCAGUGUGCUUCUAGCAAUUAAUAUAAAACAUACUGGAACUUAGGAGGGAGGCAGCCAACAGUACAAAGUUCAGGGUCUAGAAUCUCGAUACUACAACUUAGAGCACGAGGUUUGACUCUGUGCUCUUGACUAUUACACCUGUAAACAUCUGUUUGAUAUUACAAUACUUUAUAUUUUAGUUUACAACACCAGCUACUUGCUUUUUAGACUCAAUGGCCACACUGUUUUUUAUAUCUAUUUAUAGCUUUUAGGAACGAUCUUGUUAAUAUUGUAAAUUAUUCUCCAGACAGGUGUUUUUCUGCUGCACUUAAAGCUGUAGUGGUUAAGCCCCUUUUUAGGAAAAAUAAUUUAGAUCCAUCACUGCCUAGUAAGUACAAACGGGUGUCUAACCUGCCAGUUUUAAGUAAAAUUUUAAAAAAGACUGUUUAUAACCAAUUGUCUAACGUUAUGAUUUUAAAUAACGUUUAACAAUGUUUGAGCUGUAGUACUGAGAUAGCUUUGGUGAGGGUUUUAAAUGAUCUUAGAAUUAACUUGGAAAUGAAGAAACUCUUUGUUCUAUUUUUAUUGGAUCUUACUGCUGCCUUUUAGACAGAUUUCACUCUCCGGUACUGUUCUUAAUUGGUUCAAAUCUAGAGUAGAGUAGGUAGAGUAUGGAAUACCCUGAUUUAUUAUUUAUUUUUGACCCUGAUCUUAAUUUUGAACCAUAUACCAGGACCAUAAGCAAAAAUGUAUUCUACCACCUUAAAAACAUUACCGGAGUUUGGCCAUAUCUCUCUCGAGCCAACAGAGAUUCUUAUGCGUGCAUUUAUUACCAGUAGGACUGACUACUGCAAUGCUCUUUUUUUGUGCUCUUCCCAAAAAUAGCAUUGCCUAGUUACAACUACUAGAAAACUCAGCAGCCAGAGAACCGACAAGGACCAGAAAGCGAGAACACAUCAUGCUAGUUUUAAAGAUUCUUUUACUGGUCUUCAAGGCUCUUAAUGGGUUUAGCCCUACAGUAGCUAUUUACCAGAGCACCCUGUCCCCUAUUCUAGUAGAAAGGUCUACUAGUAGGACUCUGUUAAUUAUUCCUGAAGUUAGAACUAGAACUCACGGUGAAGCCUCUUUCCAGCAUUAUGGUCCCCAUCUAUUGAAUUUUCAAUAAACAAGCAGAUGAUGGAGUUGUCUUUUGCGUUAAUUUAUUUUAAAAAUAAAGGAAAAUAAAUAUAAUGGGGAAAGCAAAUAAAAAUAAAAAACAUGGAUGUUAAUCGUGCACAUCAACAAACCAAAAACCAGCUGGGGAGAUCAGUGCAACCACCAGCCUUUGCUGUGGCCUUCAUGUGUAACAUUAAUGAAACACCAUCAAUUGUAAUAAAGACAAUUAAUGUAUGUUAGCCAUAAGUUUCCGGUGGGGUUCUGUUUGAUAUAAUCUUAAGAUAGUUUUCAUGCUUUCAGAUCUUUAAUUGUACAUUUGGGUCUACUGUAGGUGAAUAGGAGAAUCUGGGAAUAAUCAGAAUGUUGACACAUUUUGCUGCUUGUGUUGUCUUAUAACCUCUAUCAUCAAAGAAUUAAAACUAAUUGAAGCAGCGAAUAAAUUGAUUGUGAGCAAAUUAAACACCAAAUCAAAUUUAUGAUACUUAAAUUCAGUGUCGUGAAAUUUUCUCAUUCAAAAAGAGUGUAAAAUUACAUAGAGACAUAAAUGUACCUCAACCAUAAGAUUAAGGUAAUAAUCAGGGUAACAUAAAAUAAAAUCUAACACAACAAGGAUACAAUAGAUGUCUCGUAACAAUCAGCUUCAUCCUGUUAUGAUCCAAGUUGCUCUCUCUGCGACCUUCACAGGCGUGUGGGUCGUCAGAAGGACCUGGAAGGGGCCUCGCCACCGUUUGGAGUCCCAGUGCUUCCUCCUGAACUCCUUAACGAUCGCCCGUGCCCUGGUUGGAUGGUGUAGUGGUCCUGUUGCCUGUUUUCACCUGUUGGGAAAUCUGAAUUGUGGGGAAAAAGUGUUUGGGCGACACGGCUUGUCAUCAGGCCCAAACAAGACUCCAUGGCUACAGGUGGAACCAUUUGUCUGCCAGAGUCUGCGUUCCUGUGAGGUAGAAAAUUUUUAAAGCACAGGGAGAGAUGAGGAAUUAGAGGGUAGGGAGAGUUGGAGAGAGAAUCAGGAGAGGGAAGAGGAUCAGAAGCGGGAGGGGGUUGUUGGGCAGCGACUUUCGCAGCAGCAUCUGCAGCUGCAUGUCGGCAGAAACAAAGUCAUCACUGACGGUGUGAGUUACAAACAGUUACAAACAGCAUUAGCUGUAGGUAGCAGAACAAUGUCCAGCAAAGCAGCAACCUUAUCAGACAGACAAAAACUUCCUUUGCUUCCACAGAGCACCAGCAUGGGUGAGACCAAAACUACUGUGGAGUCUGUAUAGAUGGUAACAGACUUUCCUUCUGCUAGUUUACUAGCUUAAGUCAGUGUGAUCAACUCUGCAGCCUGAGCAGAGUAGUGUCUUAGCAAAGAGCUAGACUUCAAGACGGCAUGAGAGGAUCAGACUGCAAACCCAACCUGACAUCGGCCCGAAGCAGGGUUGCAUCUAAGCCAUCGGGCUGUAGAAAAAUGUGAUGUUUCCUAUUCCUAAAGGAUCAAAGACACAGUAUGAGAAACCAGCUGUUAUGGCAAAAAUUGUCUCUUCCUUAUUUCUAUGUCUCUUCCUUAUUUCUAUGCAGUUAUUAUACGAGUUAUGACUUAUGUUCUGCAAUUAAUAUCUUAUGUUUUGUCUUACUGUAUGCAUUUGACAUUUCACCUAGAUUGUUCAAUGGUUGUCUCUGCCUGAUAGACUCUCAACUCUAGCUCCCAAACCCAAGGUCGGGGAGUUGUGUCUCUGUCUGUUGAGACUUGGUGCUCCUUUCUCACAGAUAGUUGGACGUCAGCGAUGCAGGUGUGAGAAUGUAAAUAUCUUCACACACACUGCGACAGGAAGGAGAUGGUGCAUGUAAUUUGAUUGGGUUAGAAAGACAUUCCACCCUAGUCGGACAGAGAAGCUAAAAGGCAGAAGCAACUUGAGGAUCGUGGGCUCUUUGCAUCACACCUUCGUGGUGUGUGCACUGAUCUCCCCAGCUGGUUUUUGGUUUGUUGAUGUGCACGAUCAACAUCCAUGCUUUUUAUUUGCUUUCCCCAUUAUUUUUAUUUUCUUUAUUAUUUCAAUAAAUCGCACAAAAGGACAACUCUCUCAUCUGCUUCUUUAUGGAAAAUUUCCACCACAGAAAUUGGCGUCUACGAACAGGAUCCCGCGGCAGGUCGUCUGGACGGUGUGACCAGGGACGAUAGUCCUGAGGACUAGGGUCGCUCAGCCUCCAAACCUCUACAGACAUUCAGAGCUGGGAGGACUGCUCACCCGGUUGGAUCGCCUCUGACGAGAUCCAUGAACUCAGAUUCAAACUCAAAUCCUAAUUUGGCUCGGCGAGAGAGAUUCCUUUUGAUUUGGGAAAAAACAAAAAGAUUGGAACUUUUAUUUUUAAUUUAGCUGAAACAUUUCAAUUGGUUGAAAAAAAAGAAAAAGAAAAGAAAUCUUCUAUUUGGUUGAAACACUAAACUUGAUUAGGAAAAUUAAUUAGAUCGAGAAAAAAAAUCCCAAUAUUACAUGUUCUUAAUUAGGUGAAAGUCUGCUCUGGGUGGUGAGACGUCGGUUGCUAAGGGUUGGCUCGUGGAACCGAGCUUCCGUCUGUACUGAGGAUACAGACAUGUUUUUUUGAUCUGUGCGUGGUCCACACGUGGGGGACUGAGUAUAAAAGACGGCUUCUGAAAGAGGGAGCGCGUUUGCAGAGUGAAGUAUUUUCAAGAUACGAGGGACCCGGGCCUAGAGGGGCCUAACGUUGAGGAAAUACUUCGUGAAAGGCUCUGUCGCCAGAUCAGGUUGGUUCCCUUUUUACGGAGACGUCCGAUAAAAAGGCAUUUUGGGAAGGUUCCGGCCGGAACACACAAAAAAAUCUAAGGCAGGAAACCGCCGGACUCUGAAAGACGGGUUCGGGGCAAUUUGAGUCUUCACCACCAGACAGAAACCGUACAAAACUAAACGUAAUUAAAGUAAAUAUGGUUAUUAGUGCGUUUUAUGUUUCCAUGAGUGGGAAACUGGUUAUGGGUUCAAAAAGAGAAUCACUUAGUGUAAAGGACAUACGCACCUUAAAAGAAAAAUUAGAGACAAAAGAAAAUACUUGAAAAAGCAAAACUAUCAAAACUAAAGCCCUGAAAGAAACAAAAGAGAGAUGAGAGUAACAGGAAAAAAGGAGAUAACAACUCUGGGGAAGAAUUGUUUGCACUCUGCCACACACACAUACACCACACACACAUACACCACACACACACAUAUCAUGCCAAGAUCAAAUGCUCCCAUUGUUUCUGCUCUCUGUCCUAAUGCAGAACUGAGCGCGAUGAGGGUAAAUCCGGAUCUGGACUCCUUUCCCACCAUCAACAGAAGAACCGAAGGAGAAGAAGCGCCAACCAACAACCAGAACAGGGUGGAAGCUCUGACACCACAGCAGCUGGAGGACACAGACCACAGCAUGGACGCCUCAGCGACUCUCAACGUCUGCAGCCAUCACGUUCUGGGCUCAUCAGAUGAACCAGCUACUACAAGCGUGUGUGUCUGACACAGACACCUGCUUAUGACAAUCAGCAAAGGAAAACAAGCACAGAGCAACAGCAGAGUGAGAAGACGUGCUCCGACACGGACACUGGUUGAAACAACAGGAGAGGCUUCAGACGUGAUCGGCCCAAAAGAGCUGCAACCGAGGAUCCAGGAAAGGUCUGUCAUCGAGGAACAACUGUCCCAUUGAAAGGCUUCACCCACUGGCGCUCACAUCAGACUGAUGGUUGGGGAAGGAGGAAGGUGACGGUUCCUUUUCACGUGACGUACAAGACGGUACCGCAAAAACACACACAUUCAUACACGCAAUGAAGAAACACGCUUACAGCUGAUACACGCUCAAAUUCAUGUUCAUGCUUAUCUGCUCGCAAUGAAGAAUCGCUUUUUGCUCAAAAAAAAAAUCCCAGAGUGAUUUUCAAAUUAUGACAAACAGCUAAAUGACAACUGCUGCAUGACUUUACAGUCUGAUGGGUUUAAACUAUUUUAACUUGCAACAAAUUCAGUAAUAAAAUCCUUCAUGUUUCUAAAAAUACUUGUGCACAAUAUAGGUUUGUCUGGCCAGACUAUAGAAAAACAAAAUCAGACUAUAGAAAAACAAAACCAGACUGUAGAAAAACAAAACAGACUGUAGAAAAACAAAACAGACUGUAGAAAAAAACCAAAAAACAGACUAUAGGAAGACUGAGACUGACUGAAACAGACUAUUAAUGACUAUUAAAGGGAAGACGACUAUUAGAGAGAAGUAAUAAUAAUUACUGUACGUACCAGACUAUUAUAGAAAACUUACUGUUUCACUGUCUUGUGCAACAUCUGCAGCAAGACACCUUAACAUUCAUUUUUGCUUUCAAACUUGUGCCCAGUUAAAUUUUUAGGAAGAGAUCUCAUGUAGUUUAGAUAUUUGAUUGAUUUCCACUCCAGACGGAGUGCAGGUUACAUCUACAGACAUUCUAAAUAAUCCUUCUUUUGUUGGUGUUAACUUCAGCUCAGCUGUGCUCUUAUCAUUGGCUGCUGAGGGGGGGCUGUAACUGAGGCCCUCACACAGGCUGCAUCACAGCUUGUUUAUGAUUUCACACACACACACAAACUGACCUCAACUUCCCUCUUUUGGGAUGAACACAGGUCUGCGCUUGCGAUUUCUUUUACUAACGAACAAAAAGAUUUUUGAUGUUUAUUCUACAGCUCCACACGUCCCUCUGUGAAAACAUGAUGGAGACAGAUGCAGGACGUGGGUCCUUUCGUGAACAGAUGUGAACGGGGUGGAGACUGGUGAACGACUUCUGACCCCAUAGGACGCUCUGACCCAACACUCAGCCUUACAGGAAGCCCUGCUUCCCUGUGGCUCACACACAGACAUGAUGUAGGUUUGAUCAGAGGAUGUGAACCAGUGGUCAUCACACCUAAAUCUGACCACAGACCAUGUAAACAACAUCACCCUCUGGAAGAAGCCAUAGAUGGCGUUACUGCAGACACCACUAAGCUACUGAAUCAUUGGAUGCUACAGGCCACAAAGAGAGCCUGUCUAAAUUACAGUUUGUUCAGACAAAGGUUAUUUUCUGGGUCAUUGUAAUUACAGCUGAUGGCAAAUCCAUCUCACCCAACUGAGUUAGAGUAAUUUGAAACUUGCCUAAACCGUGCACGUAAAAACAGCUGAUAUCUUUUCUAGGUUUUUGUUCUUAUUGUAGGACUUUCGUUCCUAACUUUACUGUCUUUGAGGCCCCACUCAGGGUUCUGAUGCAGACGUCUUCAUCGUCCACUUCUUGUCUCACGUGGACGUCUGAGGCUGAACAACGUUCACUGAACUCAUGCUUGCUCUUCAGGCUCCUACUUUGGGUCUUCCUGAUCUGACCCUACGUGACCUUCACUCAAACAGUGGAUGAGAAAUCAGGUUGUACGACUUCUGUUCUUUUGUCCUCAUACUGUGUCUUUGAUUCUUUUGGAAUAGAUCACAUCUUUCCACAGCUCGAUGGCUUAAAUGAAACACCACCUUACUCAACAUGCUGAACAUUAUUAUCAAGAGGUCGUCUUGAAGUCUGGCUCUUUGCUAAGACACUACUCUGCUCAGGCUGCAGAGUUGAUCGCGUUGACUGAAGCUGGUAAACUAGCAGAAGGAGAGACUGUUACCAUCUACAGACUCCACAGAUGCUUGUGACACUUUGGUUCUCUGUGGAAGCAUAGGAAGCUUUUUUGAAGUCUAAUUGCAAACCUAUCUCACAUCAUGAUUAGGUUCUGCUUUGCUGGACGCUGUCCUGCUAUCUACAGCUAAUGCUGUUUGUAACUGUCCCACUCACAACAUCAGUAAAUACUUUGUUUCUGCCGACAUGCAGCUGCAGACGCUGCUGCGAAGGUCGCUGCCCAACAACCCCUCCCUCACCUGAUCCUUGUUUCCUCUCCUGAUCCUUGUUUCCUCUCUCCAACUCUCUCUAUCCUUUCCUUCCUCUCUCCCUGUGCUUUAAACAUUUUCUACCUCGCAGGAACACAGACUCUGGCUGACGGAUGGUUCCACCUGUAGCCAUGGAGUCUGGUUUGGGCCUGAUGGCAGCCGUGCCGCCCAAACACCUUUUUCCCCACAAUUCAGAUUUCCCAACAGGUAAAAACAGGCGACAGGACCAUUACACCAUCCAACCAGGGGACUGGCGAUCGUUAAGGAGUUCAGGAGGAAGCAUUGGGACUCCAAACGAUGGCGAGGCCCCUUCCAGGUCCUUCUGACGACCCACACGGCUGUGAAGAUCACAGAAAGAGUGACUUGGAUCCACUCCAUCCAGGAAGGUCCCGGAUCCGACAGACGACCCUCCAUCUACACCACACGAGAAAACCACCACUGACGAAAAGAAUUAAGAAGGACGACCCUCGCUGUGCUCACACACGCACUGAGGCGAGGCUGCGUUGACCGUUCAGCUAAAGGUGUGAGCCAAGCGCCGCCUGAAGCUGCGCCGGUGAAUCACACUAUCAGACCAUACAUCUACACACACGUUCCUGAGAAAACACACACACGAGCAGCCUUGAGUUGCCGACGCUGGACGACGUGUAGACUCUUCACACCACGGGAGUGACAGUGACUCAGACGACAUUGGGAGGAAACCUGGCGGUGAUAACGAACCCCAAGUGUCUCUGUGAUCAGCUGAUCACAACCUGAAGAACCCCAACGAACUGUCAAUACUUCAACAAACAGGUUGGAAACAAUCUAACGCUACUGUUCAACAGGAAGAAGCAGAUCGUUACAGACAUCAAUUGUAACCAUGCUUUGUUAGACUUCAUUUUAUGUUACUCUGAUUAUUGCCUUUAUCACAUGAUGUUUCUAUGUAACUUUACACACUACUUUUGAAUGAGAAAAUUUCACAUGAUUCACAACACUGAGUUUAAAUAUCCUAAAGUUGAUUUGGUGUUUAAUUUGCUCACAAUCACUUUAGUCACUGCUACAAUUAGUUUUUAUCCUUCAUCUACAGAUGACAGAGGUUAUGAGACAAAACGCAUCAUCAUUCUGGUUAAAUCCCUGAAUCUCGUAUUCGCUCUAGACGCAAAUGUACAAUUAAAGAUCCGAAAGCAUUAAAUCUAUCUUAAGAAUAUAUGAAACAGAACCCCACCGGAAACCUAUGGCUAUCAUACAUUAAUUGUCUUUAUUACAUUACAAUUGAAUGGCCGUAGACACGUUGUUAGCAGAGAAAAGAGGCGUUUGUGUUAUGUUUGGAGAGGCAUGUUGUACUUACAUCAUGAAUAACACUGAUUCUAAUGGUAUUGUGGCGAAGGCGCUACACGGCCUUCAGAAUCUCAGCUAACUCUGGUAUAGAUUCUUCCUCUUGGAAUUGGCUAGACGAAAUGUCUGGAAAAUGGAAAUCCGUUCUCAUGUCCACAGCUGUUUCCUUUAUCAUUGAGAUGGCUGUGAUUCUCUUGUUUGGUUUUUGCGUUAUCCCACUGGUUAAAGGUCUCAUCAUGCGUGCGACCUCAGCAACACUCUCGUAUGAGAUGACACAAUGCACUAUGUUCAAAAACCCCAACUCUAAUUUACUUAAUGACUUUGACGAUGGUCUUAGGCUGUCUGAUCACAAAAUAUAAUCUGGUACAAAUAUGAUUAUGGACUUAUUUUCUUCACAUGCUCAUACAGAGGUUAUUCUUGUUUAACUACCCACCAAAACAGCUCCCAACCUUUUGUCCCUUAGUUACUUCCAUUUUAUGUGAAGGUGUAUUUUGAAUCUUGAUGAGUUAAUACCCUUAUUGUUUCAUUUGCAAGGAUCUUUUAUUAUUACAGAAUGUGAUGUUGACAAUUUUUCUUCUUAGUGGUUGAUUAAUGUGUAAUCAAAAGGGGGGAGUGUUAUGGCAAAAAUUGUCUCUUCCUUAUUUCUAUGUCUCUUCCUUAUUUCUAUGCAGUUAUUAUACGAGUUAUGACUUA